AUGGCACCACCAACAACCUCCGCCCUAGUCCUCUCCCUCCUCACAAGUUUGGGCGGUAUAAUCGGCUACGCGCGCACCGGAUCCCUCCCCUCGAUCAUCGCCGGUGUCUCCGUCGGCUUUGUCUAUCUCCUUUCAUUCCUGCGCCUUCGCGCCGGCCAAUCGUACGGCGAGGAACUCGGCUUACUGGCCUCGGCCGUGCUGGGCGGAAGCUCGGUCCCGCGUGUGAUCAAGACUGGUGGAAAGCCUGUUCCGGUAGUUCUGUCGAUACUGGCUACUUAUGGACUUUUUAUUUUCGGGUUUGCGUUCAAGGAGAAGAGGGCGUGA